CAACAGUUUCAACCAUGAACCAACUGUCAUCAUUGGACUUUUAUUCGGUUCCGGUGCUUCCUUCCUCAUCGGCUGCGGCUCUUUCUUUACGCGUUUCUAUUACACGGCCACGUUUAUUUUAACAGAAUGGGUAAGCCCCGUGGUUUGCGCACUGCACGUAAACACGUGAACCACCGACGUGAACAACGGUGGGCAGACAAGGACUACAAGAAGGCUCACUUGGGCACGAGAUGGAAGGCUAACCCCUUCGGUGGAGCUUCACACGCCAAGGGAAUCGUUCUUGAGAAAGUUGGAGUUGAAGCCAAGCAGCCUAACUCCGCUAUCCGUAAGUGUGUGCGAGUGCAGCUCAUCAAGAACGGAAAGAAGAUUACGGCAUUCGUCCCCAGAGACGGUUGCCUGAACUACAUCGAGGAAAACGACGAGGUCUUGGUUGCAGGAUUCGGUCGUAAGGGUCACGCCGUCGGUGACAUUCCCGGCGUCCGAUUCAAGGUCGUGAAGGUGGCCAACGUAUCUCUUCUGGCUCUGUACAAAGAAAAGAAGGAAAGACCAAGAUCAUAAGUUUUUGUUACUUUUUAAAAUAUGAACCAAUAAAAAAAGUAAAAUUUUA